AUGCCCACCGAUCCCCCCAUCCGACGAAUUCCACCACGGGAUGCUCACCACGCACAAACAGCGCAAAUGAGUUCGUUUCAGUUUGCACCGCAGCAAUUUCCCCAGAGGGAAACGCAAAAGAAUUAUGUCUUCGUCGAUGAACACAAUCGCCACAAGCGACUGAAAGUAAUGAGAGCUUGCGAAGGCUGUCGAAAGAGAAAGAUCAAGUGCGAUGCGGCUACAACCAACACCUGGCCGUGCUCGGCAUGUAUCCGCCUCAAGCUUCACUGCGUGCGACCAAACGGUUAUGAAGGCUCGGAUACAACCACCACAUACGACACCAUCUUGGAUCCUUCCGCCCAGUUUCAGCACAUGUCCUUGCCGGGACAAGCUGGACAGGACUCUUCAAAGUCUGUGCCAGACUUAUACCAAGGCUCUUUUGCGGACCGAGACCUUCAACAAGUUUCAUUUGACACGGCGACGGGCCAACACAGCUUCCACUACACCACGGUGCCAGCUACGGCAGUAUUGGACCAUGUGUAUGGAGGUCCCGACGCCUUCCCGACGCCGCCAGUGCACCAGGAACCAAGGCAAGAGCCAUCCCCAGAAGCACAGUCCGUCGACUCGUACCAGCAGCAGGAUCUCGCAGACCUGCUGGGUGGGCUCCGACUCAAUGAAAUUGGAACGGCGCCAUAUCUGAGAAACAAAGCUUCAUUUCGCCGGGAAGAACAGCCAGCGGUGGAGGAUGACGACGAUUACGGCUCCAUUCUACCUGCCGUGACUGCAAUACCAGGUCAUAAGAUUCGUAUUCCCCCUGCAUUGAUGCCGGACGAGUCUACCGCCCUACACCGUUUCGAUCUUUACUUUCGUCAUGUGCACCCUUAUGUCCCCGUCUUGGAUAAGGUCGCAUUCUAUCAGCAAUGGAACACAAGUCGAGAGUCUAUUUCUCCCCUCAUCCUUGAAGCAAUCUUCGCCAUUGGCGGUCGGCUGGCUGAGGAGCCGGCAAUGGGACAGCAGUGGCUUGCGCUUGCGUCAAGGCAUGCCGACUCUUUCAUGGAUGUACCCAGACUAAGCACCCUCCAAGCUCUACUCAUGAUGCUCAAGGCUCGCGAAGCUGCUCCAAAACGAGGAUACUUCUACCGCUCUUGGAUGCUCGUUGUACAAUGCGUGCAGAUGGGGAAGGAUCUGGGACUUGAUGAACACUUUGAGGAUCACCGAGCCGGAAUUUCUUGCGGCUUCACAGCUGCUGAAUGCCGUCUUCGAACAAGGAUAUGGCAGACUAUUUUUGUUUGCGAAAACAUGGUUGGGGCCCCUCAAGGGAGAUAUGACUUGACCGUGAACCAUGAGUCGGUUGACUUUAACCCCCCCAGUCCUCUCCCAGGUGGAGACGACAGCGAAUAUCACGUUUCUCGAAAUUUCACUUAUCUGGCGCGUAUCCUGCGAAACAUCAGAAAGAUGAGUAUCGCCUAUGCGAAACUGAGAAGAAACAAGGAGUGGGCUGUCAAUCCCGAGUUUCAGCAACUUGAGCAAAUGAUUUCAGCAUACCUUGCCGAAUUGCCCGGCGACAUGACCAUCAACUUUCCCCCCGACAGUUCGCCGCCAUAUUUACCAUCGUCCUUCCUAGGGAACUUGCAUUCAUAUUACUGCCUCCUGCAAAUCUUGUAUCAUCGACCAGUCCUGUCAUUCCUCGAUCCGACCGUAAACGAGGCGCAAUGGAAACAUCACAUGAUGCUUUGUUACAAUUCUGCAAAGGCCCUCUGCCGCUUGCAAGAGGCCACGUUGAAACAGUAUGGUCUGGUCGAUCUGCAGAGUAUGCAACGCGGCUUUAGUUUCGCAUUAUACGCCGGUCUUUCCUGCAUUGUCAUUCAUCUGGUCGCUAUCGUAUCACCGGAUCCUGAUCUCAAUUCCGAUGCGCGCGAGUACUUUGAGCGUCAUAUGAGGCUGAUGGAGACGGUAAUGGAAGCUUGGCCGAUGCCAGACUUGCAGAAGCAAGUCGAUGCCAUUCGUGAAGCAUUCUCGGCAGACAUUGGGCGGCCGUUUGUACUCAAGCCUUCAUUUCCAUACGGCAGUCCGCAUCCCUCCAACCAGUCAAGCUCGCCCCGAGGAACUGUGGCCUACCAAGUCCCCGCGCAUCGUACAGGCUCCAUGGAUCAGCAGCUUGAUCCCUCCAACCAACAUGUCAGUUAUAUAAACCAUCCCAUUACACCUCCAAUUUCUGUGGGCCCAAUGGACAGCAGAAGUGACUCUCCAGCCGUACAGUCGCUAGUUAUGAUGCCGCAAGAUGGUCAGGUCCCGGAUAUGCAACAGACCAUGGGCCUUGCCAACAGUCCACCGACCUGGAAUCCGGCACGUAUCUUUGAACACUGGAAUACCUCUUUCGGUACGCCAUCCCAACCAGGCACUCUCCUAGGCUCCGCUUCUCAGGCAACAUCGCUGAACGUUUGUACUCCAGGUGCCCCAGACCAAUCUGCCAUAACGGACCCAUUGUCGAAUCAUUCCUUGUCCCCAGGUACUCAGCAGAUAGCUCACCAACAGUAUUCCACGGCAACCUCGAUGCCAAACUUUAUCACACCCGCUAUGUGGCAAGAGUCUGUGGCCAGCGUAUAUGAAGGAGGUCUCAAGAGAGGCUGGGACUAUGACGGCGGAGUGGCGUCUAUGAAGCGACGAUGA